ACCGCUGAUACUCCGGUCAGGUGUCGGCGCUGCAGAAUGCGGAAAGGUUAGCUGGUGGCCUCAACUUACCGAAUAGUCGACUAAAUGCCCUUCUCCGCAUAUUUUCCGUCACCGUAGGAUUCCUUAGCGAGUGUCCUGUCAAAGUUAGGCGUUUGAAAUGGCUGCAUAGCAGCUGUGUGAGCAGCUCUUCUGUACCUUAGCUUAGCCUGAAGCAGUCAGCUGCUGAAGUAUCCGAGUUCAAACAGGUUUUUUUUUUCAGUGGUAAGGUCAGAUUUACCUUUCUGAUUGCUCCCGCUUCCCGCCAUGCAGUCGUGUGAAGUGAUUUGCACUGUUCUCGGGUACUCCGCUUGCAUUGUGGUGGGUGGGCUGCUGUUCGCAGCCUACAAACUUGGAUUGCUCUACCAGUUGUUACACAAGACAGAGACAAAGAGUCCUCGUCAUGGUGGCGAGAGCGUGGCAGAGGUCCUGAGAGCCCACGGUGUCAAAUAUGUUUUCACCCUGGUCGGUGGGCACAUCUCGCCCAUCUUGGUAGCUUGUGAGAAGCUUGGCAUCCGCAUCGUGGACACCAGGCAUGAGGCCACUGCUGUCUUCGCUGCUGAUGCUGUGGCAAGGCUCUCAGGUACGGUGGGUGUUGCUGCGGUGACGGCUGGCCCGGGCCUCACCAACACAGUGACGGCAGUGAAAAACGCUCAGAUGGCCGAAUCUCCAUUGCUGCUCCUGGGUGGAGCUGCUGGUACACUACUUCAGGGCCGAGGAGCGCUGCAGGAUAUUGACCAGAUGUCUCUGUUCAAGCCGCUGUGUAAGUUCUGUGCCUCCAUCAGAACUGUCAGGGAGAUCGUGCCCACGGUCAGGAAGGCGCUUUCCAUCGCUCAGUCGGGAACACCGGGUCCAGUUUUCAUCGAGUUCCCCAUUGACACUCUCUACCCUUACCACCUGGUGUCUCAAGAAUUUGGUGUUAAGAACCCUCCUAAAGGCCUGAUGGGGAAGAUUCUGGCAUGGUACCUCCAUAACCACCUCAUGAACCUUUUCGCUGGAGCCUGGGAGACAAGAGACGUUUCCCCUCUUCCAGUUCACAUCCCUCAAGCCACUGAUGAUCAGGUACAGAAGUGCAUCGAGCUUGUGAGUCGAGCCAAGAAACCUGUCAUUCUUCUGGGGAGCCAAGCAACAUUACCGCCAACGCCAGUCGAUAACAUCAGGCAGGCUUUGGAAGAUCUGGGGAUCCCCUGCUUUCUUGGCGGCAUGUCUCGUGGCAUGCUGGGUAAAAACAGCCCCAUCCACAUCCGACAGAACAGAAGAGACGCUCUGAAGGAGGCUGACGUGGUGCUCUUAGCAGGUACUGUUUGUGACUUCCGUCUGAGCUACGGCCGAGUUCUCAACAGACGCAGCAAGAUAAUCGCUGUCAACCGAGACAGAACACAGCUGCUGAAAAACUCCGACAUGUUCUGGAAGCCAACUAUAGCAAUUCAGGGUGACGCCGGGUCAUUUUUAGUGCGACUGUCAAAAGGGCUUCAGGGCCAUCGUUGUCCAGAAGAAUGGCCCCAGAGCCUCAAAGCUGGAGAUGUAACCAAAGAAAAUGCUAACAGAGCGAAAGCUGACGAGAAAACCGAGCACCACUUGAAUCCUUUGAAAGUGAUCCACUGUGUGGACGAGCUGAUGGAUGAGGACAGCAUCAUAGUUGCAGACGGGGGAGAUUUUGUAGGCAGUGCUGCCUACAUCAUGAGACCAAGAGGGCCGCUGCGCUGGCUGGAUCCAGGAGCGUUUGGAACUCUGGGGGUCGGGGGUGGUUUUGCCCUGGGAGCAAAGUUGUGCCGGCCUGAAUCAGAGGUGUGGAUAGUCUAUGGUGACGGAUCCUCGGGAUACAGUGUUGCAGAGUUUGACACAUUCACCAGACACAAGACUCCAGUUAUAGCUGUGGUAGGAAAUGAUGCAUGUUGGAGUCAGAUUUCCAGAGAGCAAGUUCCCAUUCUUGGCAGCAACGUGGCGUGUGGCCUUGCAUUUACAGAUUAUCACAUUGUGGCGGAUGGUUACGGCGGUAAGGGCUACCUCGUCGGGCGGGAAGACGAGCACAGGUUGAGUGACAUUAUCAAACAGGCCCAGAAGGAGACCCGGGAGGGCAGAGCGACUCUCCUCAACGUGCUGAUAGGGAAGACCAACUUCAGAGAGGGCUCCAUCUCUGUGUAGAGCAGCGUUGUAUCCGCAAUGGCUUUGUGUUUGUCUUCCUUGAACUUUGAAUUUCUUCAGAAUCAGGAUCAAUGAAGAAUUUCAGCAAACAGCAGAAUGCCCUUUUAUUCCUCUGUGCCCUUAAAGCCAUACUCCACAAGUGGAAGAAAUAGUCUGACAAUGUGCUGAUCUUGCAAAACAAUUCAUGAAACCAUCGUUGUGACAUCUUGCCUUUCAUUUAGUUAUGAUUUCAUUAUUAACAUAGCUCUAGCGCUGCCGAGCUGAGGUACUAAAGCUUUCUGCAUAUGCCCUGCUACUUUUGGGUUCAUCCUGCGCCGGUACGAAGAAAAACUGCUACAUUUUAAAAAAGGGAAACUCCAGGUUGUUGAGGGAUCAGUUCUCUUCUGGGACUUUCAGGUUAGACACUUGACCUUUAUACAGCCUAUUACAACUAUUGCAAAUAAACCAAUGAGCGGACUGACUCAUAAGGGAGGACAUUGGUUUAUGUUUGUCCAGAAUGCCUUUUCUCCUGUUCAGACAUGUGAACAGAGAGACUUUUUUUAAUGAAGGUUGCAGGAAAUAUUUGAGCUGUACUGGUAUGCAUCUGUCAACGAUUUUUGAAUGAGUUUUAUUUUAAUGUCGAAGUAUGAAAAAUGCUAUGCCUUUUAAUGUUAGAUUUGAUCAAAUAUACUUGUUUUGAUUGAAAAUGCAUCGAUUGAUUGAAUUGCAUAUAGAGAUAAUGCAAACGUAUAUGCAGUGGAAUGGCCUGUAUUUAUUAUAUGCCUAUUUACAGUAUGUAUUGCACUAUGAUUAUAACUUAUUUCCCCAGCAGGUAAAUUUGUGGGUCAUUUCACUCCAGUGUAUAAUAACUGUUCAGUCCUUGGACGCUGAGGUCAGAUUUUAUAAUACGCAAUAUUGAUUUUGGAAAAAUCUGGAAAAAGUAAGUAAGCCGUGGGGUUUUGGAUGAUUAAAAGCCGAGCCACGGCGUAUGAAUGUCCACAGUCUCAGGGUUCAUCUUUUCUGUGUGGUAGCCUCAUAGAAAUGUCUUCAUCUGUUUAUGUUGGGAUGUAACUGGAUUGAAAUGUAAUUGCCUCAAGACUGUUUGUUUCAGUUAGAAAUUGUGACUCACCAUCAAACAUCAAUAAAGACCCGGCACAAGA